AUGGCUCCGCGCGCGCUCUCAGUGAUCGUAGCGGCGCUCGAGACCACUGGCGGCAUCGGACAGCAGCAGACGAUCCCGUGGCGUCUUCCGACCGACAUGCGGCACUUUCGCACGCGCACGACGGCGUGCCGGGACCCACUGACGCAACAGAACGCAGUGAUUAUGGGCCGUAAGACGUGGGAGGCGCUGCCGGCGUCGGUGCGGCCUCUGCCCAAGCGAUACAACGUGAUACUGACGCGCGACGUGCGCUACAGGUCGAGAGCGAACGUUCCCGAUCGGGUGGGCGUUGCGGCGAGUCUCAGCGAAGCGCUGGCGCUUGUGGCGCUGCAAGGCGAGAAGGUGGACCAGGUGUUUGUCAUUGGCGGAGGCGCUGUGUACGCAGAGGCGCUGUCGUAUAGCGGGUGCAAGACCGUGUUUCUGACGCGGGUCAAGGGCGCGUUCGAGUGCGACGCGUUCUUUCCAUUGGAUCAGCUCGAGCAGAAAUUCAGUGUGACGAGCGAGUCGGAGAUUCAGCAGGAGAACGACGUCGCGUUUCAGUUCGAAGAGUGGCGACGGACCGAUGGAAUUGAAGCGGAUAUGAGUGUCGAGACGCUGAGUGUCGUGGACCACACGCAGCCGCACGAAGAGCUGCAGUAUCUGGAUCUGAUCCGAAAGAUCUUGAGCGAAGGAGUGCAGCGGACAGACCGAACGGGCACAGGGACGUUGUCCGUGUUUGGCGCGCAGAUGCGGUUCAGUCUGAGGAACAAUACGUUUCCACUGCUGACGACGAAGCGCGUGUUUUGGCGAGGGGUGGCGGAGGAGCUGCUGUGGUUCAUCAAGGGGGACACGAACGCGCACACGCUGCAGCAAAAAGGUGUUCACAUCUGGGACGGCAACGGAUCGCGCGAGUACCUGGACAGCAGAGGCCUACAGUCACGCGAAGAGGGCGAUCUUGGGCCAGUGUAUGGGUUCCAGUGGCGUCACUUUGGUGCAAAGUACACGGACAUGCAUGCCGACUAUACUGGCCAAGGCGUCGACCAGCUGGCCGAGGUGAUCCACAAGCUCCGGACGAACCCCUCGGAUCGCCGGAUCGUGCUAUCGGCCUGGAAUCCCGCCGACCUCGACGAAAUGGCGUUACCGCCGUGCCACAUGUUCUGCCAGUUUUACGUGGCCGACGGAGAAGUAUCGUGCCAGAUGUACCAGCGGUCGGCUGACAUGGGGCUCGGUGUGCCGUUCAAUAUCGCCAGCUACGCGCUGCUCACGCGCUUGGUGGCGCAGGUGGCAGGACUGAAGCCUGGCGAGUUGAUUCACGUUAUUGGCGACGCCCACGUGUACCUCAACCACGUGGAGCCGCUGCAGACGCAGAUGGCGCGUGUGCCGCGCCCGUUCCCGACGUUACACGUGAACCCAGAGAAGACCGCGAGCAUUGACGAGUUUACGUAUGAGGAUCUGGAGGUACGCGAUUAUCACCCGUACGGAUCGAUUAAGAUGGAGAUGUCUGUGUAG